CAUAACAAAAUAAAAUAAAACAAAAGAGAGAGAGAAAAACAGCGCGCAGUGGGAUUAAUCGAUCAAGUUGUUAUUACCUGUCAUUAUUAUUUAUUGUUACCUUACUCCCCUAUUUGUCUUCAAAGAAUCCACCAACGUCUCCCUUGCCACUUUUCUCUCUCCAUCAUUUUCCAACUUCCUCUUCCUCUACAUUUAUUAAAAAACAAAUACCAUCAACUUGUUCUACGUUUUUUUUUUUAUUUAUAGAAGAGAAGAAAUCAUUAGUUAGAUAGAUAAAGAAAAACAGAUCUUGGUGGUAAUAUGGAACAGAAGCACGUAUUGUUAUCAGCAUUGAGCGUAGGUGUUGGAGUUGGGCUUGGAUUGGCGUCAGGACAAGCCGUUAAUAAAUGGACGGGUGGUAAUAAUGAAGGCAUAAACGCAGAGCAAAUUGAGCAGGAACUUCGUAGGCUUGUCGUUGAUGGCAAGUAUACCAAAGUCACCUUUGAUGACUUCCCUUAUUAUCUCAGUGAACGAACGCGGGUAUUAUUAACAAGUGCAGCAUAUGUUCAUCUGAAUCACUUAGAUGUGUCUAAACAUACAAGAAAUCUUUCUCCAGCAAGCAGGGCUAUAUUGCUUUCAGGGCCCGCUGAACUUUACCAACAAACACUUGCGAAGGCUUUGGCGCAUCACUUUGAUGCUAAACUGCUGCUAUUGGAUCUAACUGACUUCUCUCUAAAGAUGCAGAGCAAGUAUGGCAUCUUCAAGAAAGAUUCAGUUUUCAAGAGGUCAAUCUCAGAGUCUACGUUGGGACGUUUGUCUAGUUUGCUUGGUUCGUUCUCAAUUCUUCCAUCAAGAGAGAAUAAUGGAGUCACCUAUUCAAGGCAAACAGCUGCAUUUGACACUAAAUCAAGGAACAGGGAAGGUGCCAGCAAUUCUCUAAAGCAUCGCAGAACUGCCUCUGUUUCUUCUGAUAUAAGUAGCAUCAGCUCUGAGUCCUCUUCAUCAAAUCCAGCUCCACUAAAGCGGGUCAACAGCUGGUCAUUAGAUGAAAAGGCUUUCUUACAGUCACUUUUCAAGAUCUUGGUGUCGAUCUCUGAAACCAACCGCGUUAUUCUCUACAUCAGGGAUGUUGACAGACAUCUUCAAUCCCCCAGAGUUUAUAAACUCUUUGACCAAAUGCUGAAAAAACUAUCAGGAUCAGUGUUGGUUCUCGGCUCCAGGAUGUUUGAGCAUGAAGAUGAUUGUGAGGAAGUAGAUGAGAAACUCGGUCUUUUAUUUCCUUACAAUAUCGAGAUUAGGCCCCCUGAAGAUGAGACACAUCUUAUGGACUGGAAAACAAAAUUGGAAGAGGACAUGAAGAUGAUCCAGUUUCAAGACAACAAGAAUCACAUUGCGGAGGUGCUUGCAGCAAAUGACCUCGAAUGUGAUGAUCUAGGAUCAAUCUGUCAAGCUGACACAAUGGUACUGAGUAAUUACAUAGAGGAAAUUGUUAUCUCUGCUGUAUCAUAUCAUUUGAUGAACAGUAAGGAUCCAGAAUAUCGAAAUGGGAAGCUCCUCAUAUCAUCUAACAGUUUGUCCCAUGGGUUAAGUGUCUUCCAGGAUGGAAAGAGUGGUUGCAGAGACUCCCUCAAGGCGAAUGCUGACUUGUCCAAGGAUACUGCGGUGGAUGAUAUUGGAAUUAAGCCUGAAACAAAGUCUGACAACCCAACAUCUGAGAGUAAGGGUGAGGCAGGUCCUUCAACAAAAAAGGAUGGAGAGAUUUCAUCCGCAUCAAAGGCCCCGGAAGUUAUUCCUGACAAUGAAUUCGAGAAGCGGAUAAGACCAGAGGUUAUACCUUCAAAUGAGAUUGGAGUGACAUUUGCAGAUAUUGGUGCCCUAGAUGAAACUAAAGAAUCACUUCAGGAGCUGGUUAUGCUUCCUCUUAAAAGACCUGAUCUCUUCAACGGUGGACUGCUUAAGCCUUGCAGAGGUAUACUACUCUUUGGUCCACCUGGCACUGGGAAAACGAUGCUGGCUAAAGCAAUAGCCAAUGAAGCUGGAGCUAGCUUCAUAAAUGUCUCGAUGUCAACCAUCACUUCAAAAUGGUUUGGGGAAGAUGAAAAGAAUGUCCGAGCUCUUUUCACACUUGCAGCGAAGGUUUCUCCAACGAUCAUUUUUGUGGAUGAGGUUGAUAGCAUGCUCGGACAGCGGACCAGAGUCGGAGAGCACGAGGCUAUGCGAAAAAUUAAGAAUGAGUUUAUGACUCAUUGGGAUGGAUUAUUGACUAAAUCAGGUGAGCGCAUUCUUGUUCUUGCUGCAACCAACAGACCUUUCGACCUCGAUGAAGCAAUAAUCAGACGGUUUGAGCGCAGAAUUAUGGUCGGUUUACCUGCAGCUGAGAAUAGAGAGAAGAUUUUGAGAACUCUUCUAGCAAAGGAAAAGGUAGAAGAUCUUGAUUUUAAAGAGCUCGCGGUCAUGACCGAAGGAUAUAGUGGAAGUGAUCUUAAGAACUUGUGUACAACAGCAGCUUAUCGGCCUGUCAGAGAGCUUAUACAACAAGAGAGAAAGAAAGAUUUGGCAAAGAAGCGGAGUGCUGAAGAAGGGCAGAGUGCAGAAGGUCAUUCAGAUGAGAAAGAAGAAGCCACAGAAGAAAGAGUAAUUACUUUGAGGCCGCUAAACAUGGAAGACAUGAGACAAGCAAAGAAUCAGGUUGCUGCCAGCUUUGCUUCUGAGGGAUCCGUAAUGAGUGAGCUCAAGCAGUGGAAUGACCUGUAUGGAGAAGGCGGUUCUAGGAAAAAGCAGCAGUUAACUUAUUUCCUUUAGUUCGUCAGAUAUAUGCAUGAAGAAUUAUUUUCUGCAAAAGGGGUGAUAACCGUGAUCACUACAUAACCUUCAGAAUCAAACCCUAUUCUCCUGAAACUAAGGUAGAGAUACUUGAACAUGUGCCAGCUGGUCUCCAGUUCCGAGGGGUGUGACAUGAAUAUGCAUGAAAUGUAUCUUUCAAAGGUGCUUGCAUUUGUAUAUGCAUGGUCGGAGAAGGAAGAAGAAUUCAGUGUCUGUUUCUGCUAAGAGCAACAGUUAGCCCGCGGCAGUCUUGUAGGAUAUCAAAGAUGAUCUCUGGCGUGGCAAUUGAAAAAGCACAUGGGCUUGGAAAUCUCACAUCAAGUUAUGAUUUUGUUAAUCUAUAGUGAUUUCCCUGUAAUAAUGUAUUGUAAAUUAGUGUUGUAUACAAUUAAUGCAAUAGUGUAAUUUAUCAAUCUCGAGUUUCCUGGAACUAAUGUAUUCAUCAGUUGGACACUUGAAAAGUACGGAUUUGAUUCUUUUUUGAAAUUUAUUUGGGAAGUCAGUGUA